AUGACGACGGACGUAAGCGGCAAGGCGAUCUCGGGAUGGCUCUUCCGGCGCACGACGACGGGCUUCUUCAACAUGAAGGGCACGGGCGACUGGGGCCGUGUGUGGUGCGAGUUCGAGUACGCGACUGGCGUCUUUUCCGUGUACCUUGACGGGCAGAAGCACCGCCGGCUCUUGAGCUGGAAGGUGCUGCAAUGCUCGAUCCAGCACGUGCGCAACGACGGCCGGUACUGCAUCGAGCUCGAGUUCGUUCAGCAAAAGAAGAAGGAGACGCUGUCGUCGGCGCCCGAGAGCCACGACAUUGAGUGGUGGUUUGAUGUGCUCACAACGUCCAAGCUCGCGCUCGCCGAGGGCCGCGUGCCCAACGCGCGCCUCCUCGUGCGCACGCCACCGACGACGCUGCCAGUCAAGAUCGCGCCCGAGUACGAGAAGCGCGGUAAGGCGCGGACGCCGGCCAAGCCCGCGCUCCGCCGUCGCCAGCCGCGCCUCACGACCAACCUCUCGCGCUUUGAGCGCAUCACGGUGUACGAGACACAGACGCACUUUUACGUCGUCGGCUCGGACCGCACGUACUCGCGCUUCCGCCUCUUCUCCCUCGACCGCCUCGAGGACGCGCCGUCGUCGCUUGACGCGAUCUUCAAGGAAGACCCGACGGUCUACAGCUGGGAAGAGAUGGAGGCGCUCUUGCAAGGCCUCGACACGGAGGCGCGCGCGGCGACCAAGUACGGCCUCGUCCGCGCCUUCUCGGCCGUCGCGAUCGUUGGUUUUAUCAAGUUUCUGCAAGGCUACUACCUCAUCGUGGUCACGCAGCGCCGCAAGAUUGGGUGCAUUGGCGGCCACUUCAUCUACGCGAUCCAGGCGACGCAGUGCCUCCCGAUUCGCCGACCCAAGUCGGACGGGUCGUCCUGGACGUGGGUCUCGCGCUGGCUCAACCCGAGCCCGAUCGAGGACGCCGAGGCGCGGUACCUCGGGCUCUUCCACUUUGUGGAUUUGACCAAGGACUUUUACUACAGCUACACGUACGACCUCACGCACACGCUGCAGCACAACAUGACGACGGACCAGACCAAGUCGCUCGACAUGUUUGAGUGGAACCACCACCUCAACAAGGAGUUCACGGCGGCCCUCUCGUCACCGGCGAGCGCCGAGUGGGUCCAGCCGCUCCUUCUCGGCUUUUACGAGCAGCGCAAGUGCUCGCUUUUUGGCCGGCUCAUUUCGGUCAUCGUGCUCGCGCGGCGGUCGCGCCAUUUCGCCGGCACGCGCUACCUCAAGCGCGGCAUCGCCGACACGGGCAAGGUUGCCAACGAUGUCGAGACGGAGCAGAUCAUCGAGGACGAAAACACGCACGGCAAGUUUAGCGCGUUCGUCCACGUGACGAUUCCAAAGCCACCGAUCCAGCUCAACCGCAUUGAUCCGUCGUACGCCGCGACCCAAGCGCACUUCGUGGAUCUCUUUGAGCGCUACGGGUCGCCGACGCUGGUCCUGAACCUCGUCAAGCAGCACGAAAAGGUGCAGCGCGAAAUGAUUGUCGGCACGGGCUUCAAGAGCGCGGUCGAGUACAUCAACACGUUCAUUCCGCACGAGCACAAGCUGCGCUACGUCGCGCUCGACUACUCGCGCCUGAGCAAGAUGCGCGUCGAGCAAGGCUCUCGCGUUGAAGCCGUGCGCCAAGCCCUCGACAAGGUCGGCACGUGGGCACUCGACCAAACGGGCUUUUUCUGCUCGGCCCCCAAGCGCCACCUGGGCUCGGGUGCCAACAAGCGCACGGCCCGUCGCGCGUCGCCCGCGCGGCCCCCGUCUUCCUAUGGCCCGGCACCACCCGUCUCAUCAGGCACCGAGCGGCCGUCCAGUCCGACGAUUCCGCGCGACUCGGGCGACUGGCUCGAGCAGCACGGAGUGCUCCGCACCAACUGCAUCGACUGCCUCGAUCGCACCAACGUGGCCCAGUUUAGCGUUGCGAUGCGGGCCCUCGGCCAACAGCUCUACGCGAUGGGCAUUCGCAACACGCCGCACCUCGAGACGUCGUCGCCGAUUUUGGCCGAGCUCACGCGCAUGUUUGGGCGCAUGGGCGACAUCAUCUCGAUGCAGUACGGCGGGUCGGAGGCCAACAAGAAGGUUGCGCCGUCGAAAGAUACGAUCAAGCACUGGGAGCUGCUCACGUCGAUUCGUCGCUACUACAGCAAUGCCUUUACGGACAUGGCCAAGCAGGACGCGAUCAACCUCUUCCUUGGCAACUUUGUGCCGCGCGCGUCCGAGCCGCCGCUCUGGGAGCUCGAGAGCGACUACUAUCUGCACAAUUUUCAGGUCGAGCGUCCGCUGGCGCUGCCCGACAUGGGGCCCUUCCACCGCAUCCACAACCUCGUCGCACUCAAGCGCAGCCACGGUCCGAGCUCCAAGGCCGAGUACCUCCGCCUCCGCGCGUCGCUGCUCAACGAAACGUGGUGGAAGUCGGCGGUCGAGGCGUUUGACGCGCCAAAGUUCUUUACCGACAAGCUCCUCCUUCCGAGCCCCGCCCACGGGGAUGGCAAGCCGCUGCUCAUGCGCAAGAGUAGCGCGACGAGCUCGGCCGUGCUCGAAGACUCGACGCUUUCGGAAAAGUCGCUCUUGUGGAUGCAGACGCAGGACAAGGAAGAGUUCUUCUCGUUUGACGCGGCGCUCGCGUCGUCGUUCAUGCUCCCGAUCGCCAUGAAGGAGCACGACCCGCACACGUUUUCGACGCCGCCACCGCCGCCGUCGUCGUCGAGCGUCCAAAUCGGAUCCAACAGCCUCACGCGCCAAGUGCGGUCCAUGUCGGCGCCCGAAGAGACGCUCCAAGAUGUCUCAAGCGGCUCGUCGCUCAAGCGCAGCCUUAGCAACAUGCGGCUGCAAGAGCUGCUUCGAAAAGAGAGCGGCAACACGCUUGACGACGCCAAGGCCGCGCUCUUGCUGCCCCCGAUGCUCGACGCGCCGCCGCUCGACAUUGAAGAGUACGCGGCGUCGCGCGGCCUCAAGCGCGUGUACGUGGGUGCGGCCAUGGGCGCGUCGUCGUCCGACCCGAUCUAUGACCGAUACGUCGAGUCGGGCGAGAGCCUCUCGUUCUGGGAGAAGGAGGCGAAGAACGUCAAGUCGGACUUUAUCUUGUACCUGCGCGACGCCUCGAUUGACGUCGACGAUGUCGGCGCUGUCUUUGAAGCCGCGGUGCGAGGCGGCUGCACGUACAAGAUCCAAUCCGGUGUCUACGCGGGCUUGGAGCAGCACGUCAAGGCACGCGGUCUCCUCUCGAAAAAGUUUUUCAAGAACGAGAAGGACCGCCAGUUCAUCUGCAACGCGCUCGACGACGCGCAGCUCUGCGAGAUGCACCCCGCGCCGCCGUCCGAUAUGGAGCUCUACGCGUCGUUCUUUGACGAGGUCGCGUCGACGCCGCUCUUGCCGCGCCUCACUGUCGGCGACCAGUCAAUUGCGUCCUCGGGCUUUGAGCUGGAUGCCACCCUCGAGGCCGAGAAGCUCAAGGCCGGCAGCGUCGUCGAAGAGUUCAUUGAUUGCAACGCCGUCGCAGACGACGUGCGCAAGAGCAUGGCGACGCUCGUCUUCGUGAAAAAAUAGGCCAUCUACUUGUCACCUACAUACACAUACUUAGUCCAUG